AUGGUUGAUGCCGCGAAACCUCGAGCAGUGGGUCCACCCACGGCCAUUCCCAUAGACCUCGAACUCCAGAAGGCGCUCUACCGACCUAUCAUCCUUGAUUGUGCCCUUUUCAAGGCUUGCAAGGAGCGCCGAAGCGGCUCUGACGGCACCUCUUCGGCAGAAAACGACUCGCUGUUGACAGAAGCACAAUUGUUCAAGUGCUUUGUCAACAAGCUUGCUCAGUGCUGUGAUAGCAACCGCGGAGGCGACACCGUCACCUCCAUCUGCGUUCUCCAAGGUGACGAGGGUCCAGAGUAUGUGCUCGCGUCUAAUCAGAGGGAUGACUUUGACCUGGAAGAUGUCAAAAAUUCUCUGCAAAAGCUACUGGAAUCGGUUGCUCAUAAUGCGGCCGAAAUGAAGCCAAAAACAAUGGUGGCAAUGGUGCUGAGGGACGUGGUUCUUAUGACGCAGCCCAGAAUCAAGAUUUACCUUGAUGAACUCUCCAAAUGGCUCAAGCUUUGUCUCGCACACUGUCAAAGGCAGGCAGUUGUCGACUUGACACUCCAGAACGAGUUAAACAAUCUUUUGUCGAAGGCUUCCUUCCCCACAGAUAACGUGACGUACCCUCAGACGCAAGCUGCAUUCUCGUCCCGCUGCGUGACACUUAUUCGGGCAAUCGUGGCGAUCUAUAACAGCAAGAUUGAGGAAGCCAUCAUCAACAAGGCAAAGGAUGGGGAAAUGUCGGGCUCAGAGGCCUGGUGCGAACUACGGCACUACCUCGGCCGACUUUCCUCGUGUCGCCAGGCGGCUGAAAUGAUUGUCUCGUCAGAGAAGCGGUGGCCUCAAUUCUUCAGGAACUUCACCAUCACGGUCGUGCCGUCAAGCAGCCUCCAUGGUAGACCCCUGCCAUCCCACGAAAGUCACAAAGCUGCCGAGAUAAUCCGAGCCAUGUGCCACGGCCAUGAGGAGGAUGCGGCGCCAUAUCUCUCGAAAGCCGCGGACCUGCAGAAGUUCGGUCUGGACAGCCUGAUCCGUAAGGAGAUCAACAGGCGUUGGUAUCGUGGUGUUCAUGCCGAGGUCCUUGUCCACGAUUACCUCCUCAAGCGGGGAGUUUACCACAAGAGCCAGUACUGGAACGGCUGGAAGUACAUUGGGAGUAGCAAGCCGACCUGUCGCCUCUGCUCCUACUAUUUUCACCACCACCUAGACCGUGUUAGCGUACGGGCCUCGCAUCUGAAUCUGUAUCGCAACUGGCGCCUGCCGGACAUCUACGACGACGACCCGGAUGCCCACGCGGAGCAGCGGAGGCUGGAACUGCUGGCGCAUAUCACCGAACGUGUGCAAGAGGACGCAAAGAGGACGCUCGAGGAGAGGGUUGCGCGAGGCAAGAGAUACGACUCGAACACAUGCUCGGCAUGGCCGGGGGAGUGCAGAGACGUGUCCGAAGACUCGGAGUACAUGAGCGACGUCAUGUCGCAGUCAGAUCAGGGAGAUACUAGUCCGGAUACGAGCGAAACCCCGUCAACAGCGAGCGACGAUGAAGAGCCAUUUGUGUCGGCAGGGGAGGAGAGCGACUGUGAUGACGGCGGGGGCUCGCUGUGA